AUGGCAAAAGAGAAUGGAGCCCCGACAGCUGCUGAGAAGGGAAAGGGCAAGAUGGAGGACGAGAAGCCUUCAGAUAGUCCCAAAAAACAAGAUGACACAAAGAAGGACAAGGAUGGCAAGCCCAUAGCAAACGGCAAGCCAGGCGAUGAGCCUUUGGAAGAGGAAUUAAAUGAAGAGGAUCAAAAUCUGAAAAAUGAGCUGGAGAUGCUGGUCGCUCGUCUACAUGAGUCAGAUACCAGCCUCUACAUACCUGCGCUUGAUGCCAUCAAAGAUUUCAUAAAAACCUCGACGUCGUCUAUGACAGCUGUACCAAAGCCGCUGAAAUUCCUCCGACCUCAUUAUGAAGACCUGACUAAAACCUUCGAGCAAUGGCCGGAAGGCAAGGAUAAGGAACAUCUUGCAGAUGUCCUUUCAGUGCUCGGUAUGACGCAAGGAGAUGAGGAAAAGUUGGACACACUUAAGUACCGUCUGCUUGCGCCUUCGGAGGACCUGGGCUCCUGGGGCCACGAAUAUGUCCGGCAUCUGGCACUCGAGAUUGGCCAGGAUUAUCAGCGAAGAAUGACGGACGACGAGGAUGCCCAAGAUCUGGUCGAGCUCGCAAGGACGCUUGUACCAUAUUUUCUGAGUCACAAUGCUGAAGCCGACGCCGUGGAUAUCUUGAGUGAGCUUGAGAGGAUUCAGGAGAUCCCGCAGUAUCUGGAUGAAAAUACCUAUCCGAGGGUCUGCCUUUAUAUGGUCAGCAUGGUGAAUCUCCUGACAUACCCUGAAGACCAACAAUUCCUAAGGACCGCCCACGACAUCUACACAUCCUACAACAAACUCCCACAAGCAACGGUACUUGCAAUCCGAUUAAAUGAUACCGACCUCAUCCACCAAGACUUUGAAUCGACCAAAGACCUAGCACUCAAAAAGCAAAUGGCACUUUUGGUUGCUCGACAGCAGAUCUGGCUCGAGCCUUCCCUAGGAGCGGAAACGGAUGAAGAGCUGGCAGCGUGUCUUACCAAUGCCAAACUUCCAGAUUACUUCAAGACACUGGCGAAGGAACUGAACAUCCUUGAGCCCAAAAUGCCUGAAGAAAUCUACAAAAGCCAUCUGGAAAGCACUCGAACAGCAGGCCUUACAAAUAUUGACUCGUACAGACACAAUCUCGCCAGUGCCUUCGUCAAUGCCUUUACCAACGCAGGGUUUGGCAAGGACAAAAUGAUGCUGAUUGAGGGCGAAAAGACGAACUGGGUCUGGAAAACGAAGGAUGAUGGCAUGAUGGCCACAGCAGCAUCAAUGGGAAUGCUGCUACAGUGGGAAGGUACUGACGGGUUGGAACAAGUCAACCCAUUCCUCUUAGCGGAGGACGACAAUAUCAAAGCCGGUGCGUUCCUCGCGGUUGGAAUUAUGAAUUCAGGCAUACGCGAUGAAACCGACUCAUCUAUUUCUCUCCUCGGCGUCGAGGAAACCCUCGGAGCCAAGAGUGUACUGAUACGAAUGGGCUCAAUCAUGGGCCUUGGGCUGGCUUAUGCAAACACCAACAAAGAGGAGCUUUUGGAGUUGCUUCUUCCCAUAGUCGAAGAUACGUCACUGGAUAUGCAAAUCUCAGCUAUGGCAGCACUAUCUCUUGGUCUUGUCUUCGUCGGAUCGUCAAAUGACCGAGUCAGUGAGGCCAUCAUUACUACGCUUUUAGACGAGGAGCGACAAAAGCAAUUGAAGGACAAGUGGACACGUUUCAUGUCGCUGGGACUUGCCUUACUGUUUUUUGGCCGCCAGGAAGAAGUAGAGGUUAUUCUGGAGACUCUCAAGGCUAUCGAACACCCAAUGGCAAAGCCCGCAGCAGUCCUCGCGGAAGUCUGUGCAUGGGCAGGUACAGGGACGGUACUGAAGUUGCAAGAGCUGCUUCACCUUUGCAACGAGCACAUCGAAGAUGGCGAUGACAAGAAGGGAGACGAGCUCAUCCAAACAUAUGCCGUGCUCGGUCUAUCACUGAUUUCAAUGGGUGAAGAGGUAGGCCAAGAGAUGGUCCUACGACAGUUUGGCCAUCUCAUGCACUAUGGGGAAGCCAACAUACGAAAAGCUGUCCCACUCGCGAUGGGUCUCAUCAGCCCAAGUAAUCCACAGAUGAAGGUCUACGACACACUUUCAAGAUAUACCCACGACAAUGACAAUGACGUGGCAAUCAACGCCAUAUUUGCAAUGGGUCUCCUCGGAGCAGGUACCAACAACGCAAGAUUGGCCCAGCUACUGAGACAACUUGCAAGCUACUACCACCGAGAUCAGAACUCGUUGUUCAUGGUCCGAAUAGCGCAAGGUCUUCUACACAUGGGCAAGGGUACAAUGUCCAUAAAUCCUUUCCACACUGACCGACAGAUCCUCUCGCGCGUCGCGGCUGCCGGUCUGCUGACCGUCCUGGUGGCUAUGAUCGAUGCCAAGUCGUUUAUCCUCGCCGAUUCUCAUUACCUGCUUUACUUUAUUGUCACCGCUAUGCAUCCGAGAUUCUUAGUAACACUGGACGAGGACUUGAAGCCCUUACAGGUGAACGUACGAGUCGGUCAGGCUGUGGAUGUGGUAGGACAGGCAGGUCGACCGAAGACCAUUACAGGGUGGCAGACGCAAAGUACGCCGGUGCUGCUGGCAUAUGGAGAGAGGGCGGAGUUGGAGGACGAGCAGUAUAUCAGUCUGGCGAGCAAUUUGGAGGGUCUUGUUAUUUUGAGAAAGAAUCCCGCAUGGGAAGAGGGGUAG